AAAAUAUUUGUGUAUUUUACGUCGACGCUUCUUCCUCCUCCUCCAGGUUUUUCGAGCAUAAGUCAUAAUCAAACAAUAAGAAGACAAAAAGAAAUACAAAAAAAAAAUCAGAAAAAUAAAGAAGCUUUGGUCUUUGGUAAUAUAAAAAGCCCUACUCGCAUCAAUCCUUUCUCUUCACCUUCAAAUAAUAAUAAUAUCUCAAAAGCUUUCACAUUACCAUUUCUCUCUACAAGCUUUUCUCUAUGCACCAAGUCGAUUUAGAAGCCUUUGUUUCUUCGGUAUGCGUCGGUGGCUCCGACCACCGGAAGAUCACAUGUGAGACCCUCGUCGACGAACCGUCGAUCCCACCUUAUUACAGCAAUAAUUCGGCCGUGAGUCCGAAUGAUUUCCCGCCGGAAUCUUAUUACUUGUCAAAAGAUGCUGAUCAGCUGGAGUGGCUCAGCGACAACGCCUUCUUUGACCGCAAAGAUUCACAGAGAGGGAACUCAGGGAUACUCAGCUCAAAUCCACACUCGAACCCUAGCUCCAAACGGUUCUUACUGAAAUCCAAAGCGUCGCUCAUCGGUUUACCGAAACCGCAGACGACUUGUUUCAACGAGGUGAAGCAGCGGAGACACGGCGGCAAGAAUCGAGUCAUCUUGAGACGGGUCGGGUCAAGAACAAAGACGGAUACAUCGCUGCUCGAGCCUUCUUCUCCUAAGGUCUCUUGCAUCGGGACAGUGAGAUCCAGAAGACAUAGAAGCCGCCGCAUGCAGCGUCAGAAAUCGAGCCGGGUCGAACCGGCUAACAACCGGGUCAAGAAAUCCGGGUUUAUGGCGAGUUUCAGAGCCAUCUUCAGGAUCAAAGGCGGCUGCAAAGACACGUCGGCGCGUGGAUCACAAGGGGCGUCGAGUAGGAAACACGAUAUCAGGAACCGGCUCCCGGCGGAAGCUGCUGAGAAGGUUUCUUCUUCUUCUUCUGGUGACGGCGGAGAACAGGUGGUACCCGGUUUAGGUGGGAUGACGCGUUUCGCUUCCGGAAGAAGAAGAGAGGAUUUGUUGGAUGGUGGAGGAUGUUGACGUGGCCGCGUGACAAGUGUGUGUGUGUGUGUUAAUACAUGUGGGGUCAAGUUCUAUAGUGUUUUUAAGUCCCCAGGGUGGGCAAAAAAAAGGAGAGUAGAAACAGUACUUUCGUUGUCUUUGUCUGAAAUUAUUGGUGGGAUCUGUUGUGUAGUUUUUGAAAAGUCGUUGGUGAUGACGUGGCAGCUAGUUAAACGUUUUUUAUUUUUGAAAGAAAACACGGCGGCAACGCGAGAAACGGUGAGUUUCACCCACCGCACCGUUUUUUUUUUUUUUUUUUUUUGUAUACUUCUUGGUUUCGGUUGUACAUAGUUCAGCUAAUGUUUUACAUCUUCUUGUA